AUGCCUCCAAGUGCUGUCGACGUCGACGUCGACACCAAGAGCAUCUCUGCUUAUGGACUUGCUCGGUCGACAGUCAAGGUUGAGAAACCACCUCUUGAUCCCGAGGAAAUUCGCAAGACCGACGAAUACUUUUGUGCUAGCUUGUAUCUCUGUCUAGGUAUGCUCUAUCUCCGCGACAAUCCACUACUCAGAGAGCCUCUCAAGCGCGAACACAUCAAGAGUCGCGUUCUGGGCCAUUGGGGAUCCGACGCUGGACAAUCCUUCACGUGGAUUCACAUGAACCGUCUCAUCAAGAAAUAUAAUCUGGACGCGUUGUUUGUUUCGGGUCCCGGCCAUGGUGCACCAGGUAUUUUGUCCCACUCGUAUCUGGAGGGUGUGUAUAGCGAGGUCUACCCCGACAAGACCGAGUGCGAGACCGGAAUGCAACGAUUCUUCAAAUCAUUCUCAUUUCCCGGAGGUAUUGGUAGCCAUGCUACCCCCGAAACCCCUGGCAGCAUCCACGAGGGUGGAGAGCUGGGGUAUUCGAUCUCACACGCCUUCGGCAGCGUCUUCGACCAUCCAGACCUCAUCACCUUGACAAUGGUCGGCGAUGGAGAAGCUGAAACGGGGCCACUCGCGACCAGUUGGCACAGCACCAAAUUCCUUAACCCGAUCACUGACGGUGCUGUUCUGCCGGUUUUGCAUCUCAAUGGAUACAAGAUCAACAACCCAACGCUCCUUGCCCGUAUAAGCCAUGAGGAGCUGACGUCGUUGUUUAUCGGCUACGGUUGGACUCCGUACUUUGUCGAGGGCAGCGACAGAGAAAGCAUGCACCAGGCAAUGGCAGCAACGCUCGAGCAUUGUGUCUUGGAGAUCAAAGGUAUCCAGAAGCGAGCGCGAGAAUCCAAAAAGGCCUUCCGCCCGCGGUGGCCCAUGAUUGUCCUCCGUACUCCCAAAGGAUGGACUGCCCCAAAGGACGUUGAUGGAAAGAGGUUGGAGGGCUUCUGGCGUGCACAUCAAGUACCAAUCACAGACGUAUCCACCAAUCCCGAGCACUUGAAGCUGCUCGAAUCAUGGAUGAAAAGCUAUCAUCCCGAGAAACUGUUUGGCAAAGAAGGAAAACUGAUCCCCGAACUCAAGGCUCUCGCACCAACCGGAAACUUUCGCAUGAGUGCUAAUCCAGUGGGAAAUGGCGGUCUUCUUCGUAAGCCAUUGGAUCUGCCCGACUUCCGGGACUAUGCAGCUUCUAAUCUCGAGCCUGGAAUUACAUACCUCGGAAACAUGAGCAAUGUGGCCAAGUUCUUGCGAGACGUAAUUGCUAAAAACCCAACUAGUUUCCGUCUUUUUGGUCCGGAUGAGACUGAGUCCAAUAAACUCGGUGAAAUCUACAAGGCAGGCAAGAAAGUUUGGCUAGGUGCGUAUUUCGACGAAGACAAGGAUGGAGGCAAUUUGGCAAUGGAUGGCCGCGUGAUGGAAAUGCUCAGCGAACAUACGAUUGAGGGCUGGCUGGAAGGUUACAUUUUGUCAGGACGGCAUGGCUUGCUAAACAGCUACGAGCCUUUUAUCCAUAUCAUUGAUUCAAUGGUCAACCAGCACUGCAAGUGGCUCGAAAAGUGUCUUGAAGUCGAAUGGCGUGCCAAGGUUGCAUCGUUGAACAUUCUACUCACAGCCACUGUCUGGCGUCAAGAUCACAACGGAUUUACGCAUCAGGACCCCGGCUUCCUCGACGUUGUCUGCAACAAGAGUCCAGAAGUAGUUCGCAUCUAUCUGCCUCCGGAUGGAAACUCGCUUUUGUCUGUGACAAACCACUGCCUUCGCAGCGUCAACUAUGUGAAUGUCAUAGUGGCUGAUAAGCAAGAGCACAUUCAGUUCCUCAAUUUGGAAGAGGCCAUUGAGCAUUGCACCAAGGGUGUUGGCAUCUGGGACUGGGCUAGCAACGACCAAGGCGAAGAUCCAGACGUUGUGAUGGCUUCCUGCGGUGAUGUAGCUACACACGAGGCCCUCGCUGCAACUGCGUUACUGCGCGAAUAUCUACCCAAUCUCAAAGUCCGAUUCGUUAAUGUGGUAGACCUGUUUCGCUUGAUUUCUGAAACCCAGCAUCCUCAUGGCAUGUCAGAUCGACAGUGGAAAGCACUUUUCACUGACGACAAGCCUAUCAUAUUCAAUUUCCAUUCAUAUCCGUUCCUCGUGCAUCGUAUGUCGUACAAGCGUCCAGGACAGAAGAAUUUGCACGUACGCGGCUACAGGGAGAAGGGCAACAUUGAUACCCCCUUCGAGCUCGCCAUUAGGAACCAGGCCGAUAGAUACAGUCUUGCCAUUGAAGCGAUCGACCGCGUUCCGUCACUGCACAAUAAAGCUUCUUCUAUCCGUGAAAAGUUUAUGAAUUUGAGGAUCCAGGCUCAAACCAGUGCUUUCGAAAACGGAAUUGAUGCUGAGGAGAUUCGUAACUGGAAAUGGCCUUUUCCGAAGCACACAAAUUAA